AUGAUGGCACGCGCACAGAGGUCUUCUGCAAGAUGUCUAUCGGUUGGUGGUGAGAGAUCUGAUUAGUUGAGGAGAAUUAGGGGCCGUACCAGAAUGUGGUCCCAUCAUUUAUAAGCAUCAUGAAAAUGUAUAUCAUAUCUCUGCAGUUUAUGGUGUGAGAAGUUGCAACCAACUACGAAAUCGACCGGUCAUGGAGGUCAAUGGGUGCGAUGAACAUCAGAAUUAUGAAAUACUUGCAGAGAUAGGCGAAGGCGCAUAUGGCAAGGUGUACAAGGCCAGAGAGGUCCGCGAUCAACAGCGACUCGUAGCGGUGAAGAAGUUGAACAUACCCGGACACACGGAGAGUGGGAUUCCUGCUUUCAUGAUCCGAGAGGUGGCGCUCUUGCGUAAGAUCGGGUAUUUCAACCAUCCCAACAUUGUAAAGUUGUUGGACGUAUCUGCUGGUCUGAAGAACAGGAGUUUGGACCUGACGCUGGUGUUUGAGUACAUCGACCAAGACCUGUCUACCUUCCUCACCACGGUCCCCAGCACUGGACUGAGUCUUGACAAAAUUAAAGAUGUGAUGGUGCAGCUGCUGCAGGGGCUGGACUUCCUGCACACCAACAUGCUGGUGCACCGCGACCUGAAGCCAGAGAAUGUACUGGUUAGUAGCCGUGGAGAGGUGAAGAUCGCUGACUUUGGGCUGGCACGCAUCUACACCUAUCACAUCGCCCUUACACCCUGUGUGGUGACACUGUGGUACAGGGCCCCCGAGGUGCUGCUCCACUCUGGUUACAUGUCCUCCGUGGACAUGUGGAGCGCUGGCUGCAUUUUUGCCGAACUGUUCCUUUUGAGACCGUUGUUCCGUGGAUACACUGAGGCUCAGCAGCUCCAGAAAAUCUUUGAGGUGAUUGGCUUGCCCAGCGAGGAGGACUGGCCCAGGGAGAGCCCCAUCUCAUACUCCCGUAGCUGGUGCCCCAGGGACCCCUGCACCCAGCUCUUAUCCAACCUGGGCCAGGAGGAGAACAACCUACUCCUUCAAUGUCUAGAGUUCAGCCCGACCAAUCGCAUCUCAGCUUCCAGAGCCCUCUCCCACCCUUUCCUGGUGUGCGCCUGAGGACUCAUAACCUGGCAGGAUGUGGAGAGGAAGGAGGAGAGCUGGGACAGAGGUUAAUUUCCCUUGGAAUCCUUUCACCGAGCCUAUAGAACACUGAGGGUUCUCGUGCCGUAAGAUCCAAUGUACCUAUAUCGAAAUGUAGAAUUUUGGGGAAUGGAAAUAAAAGUGAUUUUUUUUUAGAAGGUAAAUCUGCAGGUUAAGCAAUAAAGUGGGCACCAUGCCACUGUUUUGGUAAAAGGUUGAGAGAUUGGGGUGGAGAAAUUGAACUAAUCUCAAAUUCAUAGACAGAGCUGAGGAUGCAAAGACUGACCAUCCAUGAUAUCAAAAUUAUAGAUUUAACUGUGUUUAAAGCUAUACGGUGUUUGUUUAUAAUUGCAUGAUGUACAGACAAUGAAGUUAAACAGGCUUAUUUGUUGGACUCCGAUGGGGUGCGACAGUUGCACUAAGCUAAUUAGGUAUUUAUAAGUUAUAUUCUUUAACAAUCAAUGGGUAUAGAUCAUCAAUUUAAAAGUGAAAACAUUUAUGUAGCGUCGGCCCUUUAAAGGUAAUUUGUUCAACAUGAAUAUCCAAAUCUUGACUGGUUUUAUCUGAAAUGCGUUUCUGAAGACGAGUUUCGUAUUAUGAAAAAACACAUUCAUAUCAAGCGAUGUUGAAACUGCAGUUCAUAUGGCAUGAAAACCCAAAGUGGAAGGAAAAGGAAAGUUGACAGUAAUUGAAAUUACAAUAAAUAUAUUGCUUUACUACAACAAAUUAGUUUAUAGCUAGAAUCCUUAAUUGCUACAUCCAUUUUUUUAAACUUAUAAAUUAAUAAUACAUACCCAUUCAUUCUUGAAGAAUAUAACUUAUAAAUGCCUCAUGAGCUUAGUUCAACUGUUGUACCCCAUCAGAAACCAAAAUAUAAGCUUGUUUGUGAAUGAUGUAAACAAACACUGUAUAACCUCAAAACAUGUUUAAACUGAUACUUUUUCAUAUUAUAGAUGGUCAGUCCUUGCAUCCAUAGCGCUGUCUUUGAAUUUGAGAGUGGUUACAUGUCCCCAGGCCCAUCCCUCAGCUUUUAACCAAAUCAGAGGUGGGGUGGCCACUUUUUUAUUGUUUCAACAAAAACAAAAAAAAAUACAUUGUUGCUUGAUUUGUUUUCCACUAUGUAUUUGACACCAGGAAGUAAGAAUGCAGUAACAAGAGCUGCUAGAACAUUUUGCAGGAGAACAAAAUGUUAAUAAUUCAGAAUGUGUAUGCUUUAUUUUAUUACUGAGGCAUAUUGUUGUUACAAGUGAUAUUAUUCAUCUGAAGUUGCUGCAAGUGGAUGACCCUGCUGUAUGAGCAUAUAAGUGAAUGCAUGAUUUUUUGUAUUAUUGUUCCAACUGCACCUUUGGUUCUUAAUGGCCCUUUUUUAAAUGUCAUAUAUAUUCUCUGUUUAGAUACUUGGAAAGGUCAUACUUGUGCAUCUGUUUUAUUGGCCAUAACAUCCACUUUUUUUCAGUUUUGAGGUGCAAUUUUAAUGUUAGGGGCAUUUUUUUUCAGGACAGAGAACAUUCUGUGAUCUUGUUUUAUUUGAUCAAAUGUAAAUUCAUUUGAUUAUUAGUACUUUCGAAGGUGUUACUGUCUUCAUUUCAUUCAUUCAAUUGAGCGGCACCUGUUAUUGGACUUGGUUUGAUUUCACCCACAUCUUACAAGUAUUUUAAUGAAGAUAUUUUCACAAUA